AAUUAAUGAAAUUGACCACGCCCCCUCCGCCCCAUAAUUUUUUAGCGCAGCGCUAACGGACUCCGAGCUCCAGCCCAGGCUAGGCCAGGCCCUCCGAGCCGCCCGACCUGCCCGCCCGGCCGGCCGCUAGCUCGGCCGCGCCGCGCCGGGAUCCGCGAGAGCUAGAGCUAGCACAAAUGAUUCAAGGAGCUUGGAAGUGGGAGUAGGAGUGCCGUCGCAGAAAUUGGAAAACUCAGCUUUUGUCUCUCUUUCGAAUAAAUUAUGGAGUUUAAAGUCGUCACACUGAAUUGCUGGGGUCUCCCAUUCGGCAUCAGUAAGGACAAGAGAGAACGAAUGCAACACAUCGCCAAAGAAUUAGCAACAGGAGCUUAUGAUAUCGUGUCCCUUCAAGAGAUCUGGGUCAUGGAGGAUUAUGAACUUAUAAAGUCUGCAGUUGAAAAAGUCCUCCCAUACAGCUUCUACUUUAGAAUGGGUAUGUUGAAUGGUGGACUCUGCACAUUUUCAAAAUGGCCGAUCGUGGACACGUUCUAUCACCCCUACUCACUGAAUGGAUAUGCCCACAACGUUACCAUGGGGGACUGGUACAUCUCGAAAAUGGUGGCGCUGUGCAAGAUAGAUGUUGAAGGGAUGGCUGUGAAUGUCUAUAAUACCCAUGCCCACGCUCUUUACGCUCCGUCCAACAUUCCUGAAAAGGACGACUUCCUGACGCAUCGAUUGACCCAGCUGUAUGAGCUCAGCGAGUUUGUAAGAUUAACUUCCGGGGGAGCUGACCUGGUGCUUGUGACGGGCGAUUUUAAUUCAGAGCCAUUCUCUCUCGCUACCAAGCUUGCUAUCACAAAUGCUGGAUUACAGGACGCUUGGGAGACAAGGGGAAAUAAAGAGUACACGGAUGGAAUGACGAAUGAGAGAUCGGACAAUCCUCUUGCCAUGUCCCAGACUCUUUACUACAAGGAAACUGAUGACGGAGAAAGGAUAGACUACAAUCUCUACCAGUCUUUCGGUCCCUACACAGCCAGGUGCCUUAAAACCACUCUCGCACUUCGGAAGAUUCCGGGUUCAGAUUUACACUAUUCGGACCAUGAGGGCGUCCUGUCAACAUUUUAUAUCACACGGUUACAAGACAACCAAGGUCAAGGAGAUGGACCCGACCACAAUUCAAAUGAAGAUGGCGAUGUGUCGCCGCGGCAACAACUUCCGAAACUCCUGAAAGAGGCCAUCAUGGUUCUCUCAAAUAACAUUGAGAAGGUCAAAUCAGAUCAGAUGUGGUCUCGUCUCAAGGCUCUCUUCUGCUUCUUCCUUCUCCUGCUCUCUCUGUCGCUGGGGGACGUCAGUCCGGUCCUGUCUUUCAUCUGGACGUGCGGUAUGACGCUGCUUACCGCGUUCUAUUUCUGCUUUGGAUUCAUCGUUAAGGAAUGCGAGAACAAGACGGUAACGGGUAUCAUUGAAAGCAUGAAAGUUCGACUAAGCGUAGUUGAGAAGAGAAAGAUGUUAAAUGGGAAGUGAACAGGGGAAGAUAAAUUACAAGCGUUCCAUUCAUUCAUUUUGGUGCUAAUGAUAUGGGGAUUAUUUGUUUUCGUGAAAAGAUAUUGGCCCGAAUUCACAAAGGUGGUUUUGAAAACCCACGGUUGAGUCCAUGGUUUAUGCAGAUUUCCUGUAUAAAUUACGCUUAAUUUAGCGCGUAUCGGGCGCGUGUAUAAAACAUGUCCAAUGCUGAUGCGCGCUUUUGUCACAGUGCGCCAAAUUGACGCCUGUUACCAUGGUUAGAUACGCUAUUUUAUUCAUGAGUCCACUGUUUGAAGAGUGGACAUGUUUUAUACACGCGCCCGAUACGCGCUAAAUUAAGCGUAAUUUAUACAGGAAAUCUGCAUAAACCAUGGACUCAACCGUGGGUUUUCAAAACCAUCUUUGUGAAUUCGGGCCAACGGGUCUGUUUUGUAUAGAAUUACAAAUAUGGUAACUUUGACAUUCUGGUAACUACCAUGGUGACAAUAGCUAUAAAGCAACCAAUAACAAUCGAGGUUACCAUUGUAGGUGCUAAUAAUGGUAAAAUACCAUAAUCGUAACUUUUUAUAAAAUUUGUCCAUGGUUACUAACUUUUUUAUUGGUAACUUUGUGUGUGAUUCAUAAUUACUACUAGAUUUUUGUUUUGAUUCUUGUGUGGUACCAGUAAUAUGUUUUCAGUUGUGAAGUAACCUUGAUGGUCAGUGGGUUAAUGAUGGCCUUGUUUGUGUCUUUUGGUAAUUCUUAUUGCACACCUUCAGAGAGAACAUUAAGCCAUUAGACCUCUGGUUGAAGCAACUAUCUUUCUGAGUGAGAUCAGGGAGAUUAAUCUAGCAAUCUAUAUAGUGACAGUAAAACAGGGUAUGAUUUUUUUACUGUUCACAGUACAUUGAUAUGUUUUAAAAUGUAAGAUAUUCUACAAUUUGAAAGGAAAGUUUUUGUUCACAUUCUUCAUCACAAACUUUUUUUGUAUUUUAGUUUAUUUAAGGUAGUAUUUCUAAAUAUGAAUUAUAAACCAUGUAAAUAUUUGGAUUUAUUUCGGUGGUUGAAUGGUUAAAAACAGCAAAAAUAGCGAUGGUUUGUACAAAUGUACAACAAGUAAAUAGCACUGUACCGUCAUUAUUUACAUCCCACGGCGGGGCUAGCUAUAGCUAGCAGCCGACACUGCCACUCUCGAUGAUCGUCUGUGGCCAUGGUAACAAAAAAAUAAAAAGGGCACGAAGUUCAACUUCAAUAAAAUAAUUUGAAGACCAACCAAAAAAUUACUUUUUUUCUUUCCAGGGCUCUUUUUGGAGAAACUUAAACAUUUUCCAGGGCUACUUUUUCAUUUUCCAGGGCUACAAUUUUAAAAAAUAAAAAUAAAUAAAUAAUAACCUAAUACUUUUUAAUAGAUCUAGAUCUAAUAAUUAAAACAAAAUCAUAUUUGAAUUUUCAUUUAAAAGCGAUCCCAAAAAAUUACAUUAUUUUACAAGUUUCUACAAUAUGCGUACCAUAUGCUGCUCUGUGUCCGUCGCUCUGACCAUGUCUCAGAACAGAAUACUUCUUGGUAUUCUUUGUUCCGACCAGGAACGGAUCGGUGGUGACUGCGCCCCUGUUGUUGGCUGAAGUUUUUUCUUGAUACUCACGACAGGCGACGCAGUACACCUGCAGAGCUCCCCCGGCGGGACGGGCCGUUCCAAGCCAAUCGAGGCCCCACGACUUCACGGUCGAUUCAUGGAUAACCGGCUUUUUUUUCCUCUUAGCCUGCGGGGCAUCAGCUGCAGCUGGCCUUUCUUUAGUUCUGGCAGGUGUUGUUGCCGUACCAGGCCGGAUAAGAAAUCUAUCCAUUCCGAUUUCCAAAAUGAUUCAAUCCAAAGUACCAAACGCGAAUUCGAGCUAGUUACAAUUACGAAAUCUAUCUAUAGAGUAGUCUAACAGAGCUAGCUAAGAGCAUGCAACACUACAGUAUAGUACAGUACAUAUAUAUAUACACGGUAGCUA